UUGAUAUACUAGUAGAUCAAUUAUAAAAUUUUGCAUAUUUUAUCUUCCUUGUUGACACCCUCUCAAUGAUAUAUUCGUCUGUAAAGCAUUUUAAAAGGAGUUAUGAAGAUGAUGCUAGUUUUAAACCUUGUCGUUGUACUGUUAACGUUCCUAGUGGAACUGAAUGGUGCUUCUGAACCAGAUAUUGGGAUUAAUAAAACUUCUUCAGAAAUAAACGUGGACGCCAAUUUUGAGAAGUUUAAACAGGAUUAUGGCAAACAGUACGCUAACUCGCCCGAGGAGGCGCAGCGACGUGCGAUAUUCGCAGACAACGUUGAAUACGUCAACGCUCAUAACUUACAGUACGCGUUGGGGAAGAUGUCGUACUACAUGGGUGUCAACCAGUACUCAGAUAUGACAUUCAAAGAGUGGGCGUCAUUAUACACGAGUCAGAUUGUUGAUGACGUCAGCAACGGCAACGCUUCAACUUUUCUGACGCCAGAGACUUUCAAGGCGCCGGGUUAUGUAGAUUGGCGUCGAAAGGGAUAUGUGACUUCAGUCAAAAACCAGGGUGCAUGCGGAUCUUGCUGGGCAUUCAGUGCCACCGGAGCAAUAGAAGGACAACAUUUCCGAAAGACAGGCAAACUGAUAUCCCUCAGCGAACAACAACUUGUUGACUGCUCCCGUUCCUAUGGCAACAAAGGUUGUGGUGGAGGGUUCAAGGACAGGGCCAUGCUGUAUGUCAGGGACGCAGGAGGAAUCGAGUCAGAGAAGGCAUAUCCUUACUACGCCUCGCGGUCUAGAGUAUUCCCUUGCCGAUUCACAAAGUACAUGGCGGCUGCGAAGAUAAACGGAGUUAAGAGAGUCCAUUCGUCAGAAUCCAGUCUUAUGCAUGCAGUCGCGUCACAGGGGCCCAUUGCAGUGUCCAUCAGGGUCAACAGAAAUUUCAAGAGCUAUGCGGGAGGCAUAUUCGACGACUCAAGUUGCAUCAAUGCACGAGCCGGUCAUGCUGUGUUGGCUGUGGGGUAUGGCUCGUACCCCGGGGAAUAUUGGCUGGUCAAGAACUCGUGGGGACCUCGCUGGGGCGAACAGGGGUACAUCCGGAUGGCUAGAAACAAGGGAAACGUUUGUAGGAUCGCGAGAAGCCCUGUGUUCCCGACAGUUUAAAAGCAUCGUUCAUGAUUUAGCCUUAAGCUGUCAAUUAUGUAAUGAUUCAAAAACAGGAUGUCAGCGUACAGUGGCGUCAUGGUACAUUGUGUUUAUAGAUACGAUAAAGUAUAAAGCCCAUGUGUUUGAUAAGAGUUUUAGUUUUAUGAUAUUGAUUCAUUUAUUUUAAUAGAAUUUAGAACAAAAAUGCGAUUUCACUUACUGAAACAAUACAUGAAGUACAAGAAAACUUAUUUGGAGAAUUGGCAUGCAUUGCACAAAUCAUAUCUGUUUAAAAACAUGAAACAGACGGAAACAAAAAGACUUUUAUGACUUCUGUUCAAAUGACGAUUCCGUCAGGAAUAUCUCUACCUUAUUUGAAAAGUUUGUUAAGUAACUAUAUGUAAAAAUACAAUAGCUCCUGCUUAAGAAUAAAUGAUUUAAAACAAUGCUUGCCAAGUAUCCCUGUUGUUAAUUUAUGUAAAUUAUAACCAUCAUGAACAUGGUCUGACGAGAAUGUUAAAACUCGGCGUCGUGAACAUCGACCUCGUGCUACGGAUAGCCCAGAUAUCCCAACAUGGCUGUUUUUAAAUUACUAUAAAUUCCGUAAUAAACAACCAUAUUUAAUUAAAUCUGUUAAAGAUAGUUUAUUAUGUGUUUUGUAACCAUAGGCAAUAAAUUUUAUGAACUGUU